AUCACAAUCAAUUCCCCGGCCCAUACCGCCUUUUCUCUUAUCCUCACCUUCUUUUUGGCUUUUUGUUUGGCCUGUUUAAUCCACCAUGGACACGAGUUACCUGUCCCAACAGGUCAAUACCAUCAUCGGCCAAUUGCACGGUUUAUUCGAUGAGAUCGGCGUUCCCAACCAUGAUCGCGAAAAGCGCGAGGAAGACCUCUUCGAGGCGCUUUCCAAGGCUCUUACCGACCAGGUGAACCUUGUCACAAACGAAAAGGAGGAAAUGAUCGAGGAAGCCGAGCGCAUAAUUACCACGAUACAGCAGAUGGAGGCAUCCCUCGACGACAACCGCACACGCCGAGACCGCAGCGACGAUAUUCAAAUUACCUACCCCCUGACCCGAUGUUUGCAGGGCCUCAAGGAGAAGCAUAAGCAAGUCAGUAGACUACACAAGGAGCGUUUCGAACAAGUCAAGAAGCUUGUCGAAGCACUCGAAUCGUAUUCAUCACAUCUUGAACCCACCUUCGUCAAGAUUCCCCUGCCGCCGACGGGCCCGAAUCAAUCCGUCCCUCCUAACUUCGACCUGUCACCAUCCUACGUGGACAAGCUCGAUCAUGAGUUUACGAGAGUCUAUGAAGAGUACACACGCCGCGUCGCGACGGUUAAGGCCCUUUGCGAGCACACGAUCCAAUUAUGGGCCGAGCUGGGCACCCCUCAGGCUCAAACAGACGGUGCCAUUGUCAAGUACUAUCGCGAGUCACCCGAGCAAUUGGGUUUGCACGAGGAAGAUAUCGAACGUCUCAAGGCAAAGCGCGACAAGCUCUCGGACGAGAAGAAGAACCGCGAGAAGCGUCUCAAGGACCUGCGCGCGGCGGUCGAGGCCCUCUGGGAGAAGUUGGAGGUUGAUAUGGCAGAGAGGAAGGCGUUCCUCAACAGCAACCGAGGCUGUGGCGUGCGACAAAUCAACGAGUUCGAGGAUGAGCUUGUGCGCCUCAACGAGCUGAAGAGGCAGAACCUGCAUCUGUUCGUCGAGGAUGCGCGUUUCAAGCUACAAGAGCUCUGGGACUCGCUCUACCUUUCUGAAGACGAGAUGCUUGAGUUCACGCCCGCCUUCUCGGAUGUCUACAGCGAUGCUCUUCUCGAGGCUCACGAGCGCGAGAUUGCAAGACUGGAAGUUCUUAAGGAACAACGCCUCCCCACUCUUGAGCUCGUUGAAAGACACCGAAGCCUUACCAGUGAGCGCGACGAGCUCGCCGCCUCAAGUCAGGAUGCGUCUCGCCUGAUGAUGCGUGGCCAGAAGGGUGAGAAGCGCGAUCCCGGCAAGCUUCUCAGGGAAGAGAAGAUGCGCAAGCGCAUCGCCAAAGAGCUACCCAAGAUUGCCGUCGAGUUACGUAGAAUCCUCGAACGAUUCGAGGACGAGUACGGACGGCCCUUCACGGUACACGGAGAGCGCUAUCUAGAUGUGCUCGAGGCAGAGGACCGGCCUGCACCUGGCCCGCGAUCCAAGACACCGGGCGUGGGAGCCGCUCCCCAAUCAGCAGCUAGACCCAGAGGGCACAGCAGAGCGCAGAGCACCACGUCCAUCGCAAGACCGCCCACUCGUAAUGGUGUGAGAACACCAGCACCUGCGCCUACGACCAAACGUAGCGCGAACAACAUGAACAGCGCGGCCCCAUCAACAAGACCUGUGUCUGCUCACGCAAAAGCCCAGGAGAUUGCCAGACCGGCAUCUUCCAUGGGCAGCUUGAGAGAGCGAGCGCAAACUCUCAAUCGGCCACCAGGCAGUCCCUCAAGGAUCCCGGCUCGGCCCCCAUUGACCAACCUCAAAUACGGCAACUUUGGCAAUACCUCGCCAGUACAACCGGAGAGACCGGCGUCGAGAAUUGACGCCUAUGCGACGAUCCGCGGUGGUAACCACCAAAUGCGUGCCCCUCCGCCCAAGAUGCGCGAUCUCAGCACGAUUGAGCUAGAGACUCCCGUCAAUCCUUACAAGUCAGUAGGAUUGGGCGCGAGUAUCGUCCGCCAGGUCGAGCUUGAGGAUCCCUACGACGAGGAUUGCCAGCAGCCUCGGCUGAUGCGCGCCAACUCCACCCUCUCGCAUACUUCUCACGCUUCCCACAACUCGCACGCGUCGUACGCUUCCCAGAGCUCUCAUCACUCCCAGGGGUCCUCCCAACACGACUAUCCGUCUUCGCACUCCUCAACCAUCCGCCAAUACCCCCCUUCCGCCUAUCCCCAAGCACCACCACCCCGCCAGAUUUCCAACUCAUCCAACGGAUCGAGUAACGUGACGGGCUCAGAAAACUGGGAGACGUAUGACGACGCCAGCGAACCCGAGCAGGAUGCUAGCGACACAUACUACGCCAAGGUACGAGCUGCCCGCAACGGCACCAAGCGCUUUGAACCCGAAGCUGGAUAUCGGCCAGCGGCCAACGAUCCUAAGAGGCAGCGGCCGUUCCCGAUGACGGCACCUGGUGGACAUGCUGGACAUGCCUACGGUGACGGUGAGGGCCGCAUCAUCUCAGGCAGCGAGUGGACAGACGAGGAUGGCUACUGAGCGUGGGAAUUCGCUCUCUAAUUCCGUGCUCGUUCUGUUACUUCAUCUUGGUGCGCCGGCUGCGGACUUUUUGCAGCCUGAUGAUAACGUCGGAUGAUUAUGCCUCAUGUCUGAACGAUGCACUUGCUACUCGCUCAUGACGAACAUGCCUUUUUUUCUUCUUUGGCAAAGAAAAUAAUUGGUCGAGGAUCUCGGUGUCCGUGGAUGCCCUUCGCUUCUUUUCCCGUGUCGUUUAUAUUUCGGUCGGUUUUGCUUGGUGGAAUGUCGAAGGAAGGAAUUGGAAGGGCGGCCAUUGUGAUUUUCUUCCUUCUCUGUGCAUACUGGCAACCGAGCCGCGAGGCGGUUGGGAUCCUCGUGGUUCAUGUUACGACAUGGCCACCUGGACCCAUCGACAGCUCUGACGACAAUUGUUGUUUUGUUUCUCUUUGUCGGAACACGUUCCAGCUACCCUCGAAUCUGGGUAUACCACAUCUUGUUUUCCUUGGUCAUUGCAAGCAAGUGGAAAGAAUUGGAGUUUUGGUUUCUCGAGGCGGUCGGUACUUCUGGAUGGGGUGAUACCCUUUGCCAACGCCAACCCCCUUGCGAGGAUUAUGAGCGUACAUCUUUGUCUUUGUUUGCUUGGUCAAACUUUUUCGC